AUGGUGGCCAGCCUGCUAGAGACUAUUCUCAUUACCAACCUCCUGGUUGGCUCCAGUAACUUCCAACGGUGCCUGGCAGGGUCCGAGUGCUCGUCCUGCGCUUAAUGGGCACCCUCAUCUGCCUGCCUCAGAAACCAAGAGAGAACACAGUCAUCCUUAAUCCAGUUGCAGAAGGUACCCCUGAUCUGAUCCCUCCAGUGGAGAGUUGCCAUUACACUGUCUUUCAGUCAAUUAGAUGAUAUUCUAGUUUAACCCAAAGCAAUACAGUGAAAAAACAUAAAAUCAUAGGCCUGAACAGUAACAUAAAUGCAGAUAUCAGUCUGAGAAAUGUGUCCAGUUGUUUGACUAGGUCAGCCCUUAGACAUCAUUUUACCAUCCACGUUAAUUACAUUUACAUUUACAAUUUAGUCAUUUAGCAGACGCUCUUAUCCAGAGCGACUUCCAGUUAGUGAGUGCAUACAUUUUCAUACUAAUCAAUGAUAUCGGUCUAUAAGAGUUACAUUCAUAAUUUCACCCUUCCUUCUCUCUUGUCUCAUAAACAGGAGUAAAAGUAUUCCAUCUAGUAAUGGUAGAGAGCCAUGUUCAACUGGAAGAACCAGGUGAGAAAGAACCAGAGGCAGGCUAUCCAGCCUUGGCGGGGCUAAGGAAGCUGGGCAAAGACCUGCAGGCCAUCCGCCUCUAG